GAUUGGUAGCUUAAGUUGUAAUAUUUGUGUAAAAGCUCUAUUAGCAAUACUUUGUUAGACAUUUUAUUUGUAGUUAAUUCCUCCAAUAGUGGUGUUUUACAUGUACUUUUGUUAUAGCGUAAUUCGCCGCCAAAUACCACCGCAACCGUUGCUAUAGUUUCCUGUUCGAUACUAUCCGAUCAAUUUGUAUUGUUUGGUUGAUUCGUUUGUUCUUUGCCCAUCAUGUAUUCAGCUAAUCAAAAACAACGGCAGCUAAAGCAAUCUGCAUUCUGCAGAGCUGUGGAGUCGAACCGGCUCAACGCAAACUUUCAGAAAGAUUUGGAUCAAAUUCAGCGAAACAGUCUCGAGCAAUGGAAAAGACAGGAGGCAGAGCAACAAGCACGGCAACGGGAACAGGAGCUUCAGCAAAAGCGAAAAGAUGCAGAAACGCUCAGACGACAACAGUUGCUGAGAGACCAAGAACAAACCCAGCUAUUACAUGAGGUAAACCGUCAGAAAAUAAACGAAGCAAAGCAAAGACAACAGCUGCGUGAAUCGAAUCAAGAGCUGCGUGAGCUUGAAUCAAAACUUCGAGCAGCCUACGUCGCAAAGGGCAUCGCGGCACAGUUGGCCGAGGCCGAAUUACGGAAGAAUGCGGAAAGGAUUCAGGUCUGCAAGGAAAAGAGAGAGUUUGAAGAGGCUCAGCAAGCAAAUGUUGAGUACAUGAAGAGCAAGCAGAUUGCCGAUGCAAACGAAAAGCUACUGUUUCGGUCGGUGCUACUGGAGCAGAUCAAAGAAGCUCGCUAUGCGAAAAAGUGCAUGUACGAAGAAUUUCUUAAAGAAAAAAUGCAUCUAGAUGCUGUGGUAAAGAAAAUACAGGACGAACACUUGGAAGAAAUUCAGCGCAAGCUAGAGCAACAAAAUUGUACGCGUCAAGAAAUGGAGUACUUCCAGGAGGCCAAAAAGACCUGGAAGGCUAGACAAGAACUGCUAGCGCAAGAAGAAAACGAUCGAAUCAGAAAAUACAGAGAGGAGAAAGAUCGUCUCAAGGCGAAAGAAAUAGAGCAGAAAGCGGAAAUGGAUCGAAAACGAGAAGAACGCAAUGAUGCUAUGAUUGGAAAGCUGGAGCAAGAAACGAUGGAAAAGCGGAAACGUGAAGAGAUGCUUCAAGAGCUGUAUAUUGCAGAAACGGAGGAGAAGGACGAGCUGAAGCGAAUAAAAGAUUUGGAAGAGAAUGUUCGAAAGAGGAUCGCAAUAAGAUUGGCGCUCGAAAGUCAGCUUAUGGAAAUAAAGUGUCAAAAAGAGGUGGAAGCUGAGGAAGAAAAACGUUUCCAGGCCGAGCAGAUCAAGGUUUGGGCCGCUAACGAUCGUAUCGAUAUAAUGACGAACGAAAAACGCCGUCGAAAGAUGAUCGAAUACAGACAGAACGUUCAGGUUCUCUUAGAGAAAAGGCGCAAACAGCGGAUCGAGGAUGUAAAGCUGGCAGUACAGCAGGAGAACCUGCAGCGAGAGGAAGAAAAACGAAGACAUUUGAUUAUUGAAGAAGAAAGGAUAAAGUUGCUGAAAGAACAUGCGACUGCAUUGCUUGGAUUCUUCCCGCCAGGCGUGCUGCGUGAAAGUGAUCGCGAGUUUAUUCCUCUACCAAAGCAAAACGAUCCGAAAAAAACAUCAGGAAAGUAGAAAUGCAAGUUCGACCCUCUCAAUGAUGAUGAAUAUGUUUAGAACCAAAAAUUAUUGGAUAUCUAAUCCGUUUUUUAGACGACAGUUCGUGCUUUAUUUUCGAUCAAUAAAUUUACUUAAGU